AUGGAUAAUGUUUCCAUGGGGUUAGUAUUUACUCUGUCAGGAUUAAAUGAGACAAUGAAUCACAGAGUCAUCGUCUUUUCCCUCACUUUGCUGUGGUACUGUAUAAUUUUAUUUGUGAAUGUUUCUGUCAUCAUAACCAUCAUCACUGAUGAAAACCUACAUGAGCCUAUGUACAUUCUACUGUGCAAUUUUUGCAUCAAUGGACUUUAUGGGACCACAGGUUUCUACCCCAAAUUCCUCUCAGAUCUACUCUCUUCCUCCCAUGUCAUCUCAUAUGCUGGGUGCCUUAUUCAAGCUUUUGUAGUGUACUCAUUUGCUCUAGGUGAUAUAUCUAUUCUCACUGCAAUGGCUUAUGACAGAUAUCUUGCUAUAUGUCGACCCCUACAGUACCACUCUGUCAUGACUAAAAAGAGGCUCUGUGAGUUGGUGCUUUUCUCUUGGAUAAUGCCUCUUUUCAUUUUCUCCAUUAACAUACUGCUAACUUCUAGACUGAAGUUGUGUGGAUCAAACAUUCAGAGACUCAUGUGCAUAAACUGGAUGAUUGUUAAACUUGCUUGCUCUAACACUGGCACUGCUUCAAACAGUGUAAUUGCAUAUCUGUCAAUGUGCAUCUAUUUAUGUCACUGUGUCUUCAUAACAUGGUCUUAUGUGCACCUCAUGAAAACAUGUGUGCAAUCCAAAGAGGACAGGGCAAAGUUUAUGCAGACAUGUGUGCCCCACUUAAUCUCUUUAGUCACGUUUCUUGUUACAAUUGUUUUUCAUUUUAUGCACAUGCGAUUUGGCUCAAAAGAUUUACCUCAAAUCCUUCAAGAUUUCAUUGCUGUAGAAUUUCUCCUUAUUCCUCCAAUUAUGAAUCCUCUUAUAUAUGGAUUCAAACUGACCAAGCUUCGCAACAGAAUUCUGGCUUUAGUUUAUGUUAGAAGAAAAUGA